CGUACCCGCGAGCGCGCUGUGCCCCGCGGCGACUUGCCCCGCCAUCUAGAGAGAACCAGACGAAGCAAAGCCGGAGCAUGGAAGCCGGGCGCGCGUUCUCGAUCUUUCUCUGGCCACCGCGCCGUCGGCCCGGCGCCUAUAAAAGGAGCGCUCUGCAAAUUCCGCGAGGCACAGUACGCCACUUGUUGAUCGAGCUUGACACUUGUCGUCAGUCAACGUCCAGCAACACUCCACACUCCAGCAGGAAGGCUGAGGCCAGCAUGUCGUUGGCGCUGUCUCGCAUGCUGCUCGACAGGUUCUUCCCCGACGCCGGCGCCGGCGACGCGGGGCGGCCGCCGAUGGACUGGAAGGAGACGCGGGACGCGCACGUGUUCAGGAUGGACGUCCCGGGCCUGGCCAAGGACCAGGUGGCCGUCGAGCUGGUGGACGGCCGCAUCCUCCGCGUCCGCGGCGGCAAGCGGGGCGACGACGACGCCGACGCCAAGGACGGCGAGGCGGCGGUCCACGGGGAAGAGAAGGCGGAAGAGGAGGAGGCCGGCGACGGCGCCGUGAGGUGGCACUGCAGGGAGAGGCCCGGCGCGCGCGCGUUCGAGACGCGCUUCCGGCUGCCGGAAGACGCGGCCGCGGACGAGGUGCGCGCGGCCAUGGCGGACGGGGUGCUCACGGUGACCGUGCCCAAGCGGAAGGGCGGCGGCAAGAAGCGGCACCACGGCGGCAACAAGCCCGCGUGCUGCAGGUUCUGGCCCUGACGCGACCGCGAGCCCGGCACGAUCCGGAUGUGCGCGAGCGCGCAGGGGCGUACGCAUGAAUGCAUGAUCAUCCUUGUGGUGGUAUCUGCGAAGUUUGGUGCGUGUGUUCGCGUCAAUGUACAUAGGUUGAUGUGGAUCUGUGUGCUUGCCUGUACAGUAUAAUUUGCGUGUUUACACAGUAGUUUUGUUUCGUUGGA